AUGGGCAAGAAACCAAAUCUCACCGGUUUAACUCGUUUCCUGCCACAAGACUUUCUCAAUCCAAAUACUACUAGCCUCUCAGAAAAACCACAGAAUCAGAGCAAACCUGCAAAGAAACGCAAAACGGAUAAUGGUCCUGUUCGCACAAGAUACGAUGCUACCGCCCUUGUUCCUCACUACACCACCGCUCACGAGGUUCCAGAAAACCUGCAGAAAUAUUUUGCGCAACGAAAGCGUUACUUUUCUUUAUACGACCAAGGAUGUCUAUUAGAUGAAGAAGGCUGGUAUAGCGUGACACCUGAAGACAUCGCCGUCCAAAUUGCAGAUCGCUGUCGAUGCGAUACAAUCCUCGAUCCUUUCUGUGGCGUUGGAGGAAAUGCGAUUGCUUUUGCGAAAACCUGCGAGCAUGUCAUUGCUCUGGAUAUCUCCCCAACACGACUCGCUUUGGCUCGUCAUAAUGCUGCUAUCUAUGGUGUUGCAGACCGCAUCGAGUUUAUCCUUGCAGACUAUAUCUCAUUUGCAAACGCAUAUCUUUCACGACCCCACCCAAGGCGCAGGAUUGACGUCGUCUUCUUGAGUCCCCCUUGGGGUGGCCCAGGAUAUAUAUCUCCCUAUGAAAACACAGACUUCCAGGAUGACCCAGAGACGCACCCACAGUAUAGCCUCUCGAGGAUACAGCCGAUACAUGGAGCUGAUCUAUUUCGCCUGACGAAGCGGAUCUCGGAUAAUAUUGCCUACUUCCUUCCCAGAAAUACGGACUUGAAUGAAAUAUCCGCCCUGGAUCUGCUCGAAAAAGACGAGAGCGUCACCCCCGAUGACGAGCCUCGAAUGAUUGAAGUGGAGGAAGAGUGGAUGGGGUCUAAGUUGAAAGCUUUAACUUGUUAUUUUGGUGGUCUGGUUGCUGGGCAAGAACAUGUAUUCUGA